UCUCUCCCAAGAACAAACAUAAGAGUAACCUCUUAAAGAUGUAAUACUUUCCUCUUAUUAGAACAAUAGUUCAACCUUGUUAAGAAUGUAUUGACUCUUUCAAAAUUAACAAGAGAGAAAACUUAAAAAAGAAACCUCCAAUGGAAACCAAAGAUCAGCCAGCCAUCGACUUCGAUUACGAGGAGUUUGAGCCCUUCUGCAAGUGGCGAAGAGAUGAAAAAUGUGACUUUUUUGAGAUCUAUGGUCUUCAAGAUUUCAAAAAAGAGCAACUCAAGAUAAAGAGAAAGCUCAACACUUUAAUCAUAACUGGAGAAUGUCCACUGAAGAACAAUAUCCGAAAUCUUUUCCGAAAAGAAAUCAGACUUUCCAAACAUUGGAAAAUAGAUGAAAUUCGAGCAAAGUUUAAGAAAAGAGGAAUUCUGUAUGUAACAUUACCUAAGAAGACGUCCUCAUCAUUCUCCAAGAAAGGAGGCAAUAGUACUGGAUUUGUUUUUGCAUGGUUGGCCUUGCCUUCAAAUUACUUGGCCGUGGCUGUCGUUCCACUUGCCAUUGUUAUUGGAGGAUUAUUUGUGUGCAAAAACUACAUGUCGUUUUGAUUUCAAUAUAUAUUAUAUCCAAAAAUCAAUGUGGAAAAUAUAUUAUUUA